CUCUGUGACAUGGUUACAGUGGUGGACUUUAGCCUUCACGCCCCCUUGUAUUUCCUUCUGAGGAGCUUGUCCUUCUUGGAUCUCCCCAAAAUGCUGGUGUGUUUCCUGACGGGAGAUGUCCGGAUCUCCUUCUUUGGCUGUGCUGCCCAGCUGUAUUUCCUGGUUUUGCUGGGAAGCACUGAGUGCCUUCUGCUGGCUGCCAUGGCCUACGACCGCUAUGUGGCCAUUUGUGACCCCCUGCGCUACAGCCUGGUGAUGAGGGGGGUUCAGCGUCAGCUGGUGGUUGGCUCAUGGAUGGCUGCCAUACCAAUACAAGUGGGCCAGACCUAUCAAGUGUUCUCCCUGCCCUUCUGUGCAUCCCAUCACCUCCAUCAUUUUUUCUGUGACAUCCCCCCUCUGUUGGAGCUGGCCUGUGCAGAUACUUUCUGGAGCCGUGUGACCCUGCACGCUGUCAUCCUGCUAUUUGCCAUCCUUCCCUUUUCCAUCAUCGUCGCUUCCUACGUUAGAAUUAUCGGGACGGUUCUGAAGAUGCACUCCGCUCCGGGCAGACACAAAGCCUUUUCCACCUGCACCUCACACCUCACGGUGCUGACACUCUUCUAUGGCUCAGCCACGGUCCUGUACUUCAAACACCGCUCCGCAGACACUGACAAAUCCCUUGCCCUGUUUUACAUGGUUAUGGCCCUGGUGCUUCACCCUGUCAUCUAGAGUAUGAUGAAUAGGGAAGUGAGGAUCGCCCUGAGAAAACUCCUGUGGAGAAAGUAAUACUCAGAGUGGGUGAAAUACACCCAAAUAAUUCCAAUGAGCAUUUGGCUGUUUGAGUGCUGGCAUCCGGUAUUGGCUCAGACACUUCUAGAUGUGAUACCUCUAGAUUUGCUGCACCGUUCCACAACCCACUGCAUCUUACAGAAUGAAAUUUAUGUAGUAUAGAGAAGAGUGUGUGGGGAUUCACUGUAAUAUCAUCACAGGGCAAGAAAUGAGGGCUCCCUUCUCCCCAGCUUUUCAAAGUCUGUACUUUCAAUUUUGACUUAGUUGCCGUAUUAUACUGCAUAUUAUCCUUCCUAUGAUUGCUCUGUGCCUCAUUAAUGGUAUUGAAGUCAGAAUUCCACAGGUUAAAGAAGGAGUUCUCACAGAACCAAAGUUGGAUUCAGCACACACCAAUCCAACACUACACUUCAUCCUACCUGCCCUGAACAGCUGCUAUGACACAUGGAGGCCAAAGGCAUGGACUCAAUGAACGGCCAAUUUAGAGGGAUGGGCCAUAGACUGCAGGAAUGAUAUCUGUGUGUAUAUGAAAAACCAACAGGAAAGGUGACGGCAGUUAGUUGGAAUGUCUGGCAGUUAAUAUGAAAAAGUCUGGAAUAUGUAACUGAUAUGGAAGGAGGGGUGGGUACCAUCCUGGGCUCAGCUGGGAUGCUUUGACUUCAGGAGAAAAGCAGUGCUGGAACACACUGAUGUUUUGCUGCUGCUGAGCAGCGCCAUUUCAGUUCCUCAGCUUCGUGUGCUGUCCUUCCAGCCAUGGGAGCAGAAGGAUUUUGGGAGGGGACAGCAGCAGGAGCUGAGCUCAACCACCCAAAUGGAUAUUUCAUACCGUAUUACAUCAUUGGUAAAAAAAGGUUAUUUGGUAUAUGCAUUAAUAUGCAAAUAUUAUUAUCAGAAUAUAUAUCAGAAUUUUAUUAUGCUUUUUUUUCCCCCCUAUUAUUUUUUCUACCUUAAUAAAUAUUUUUUACCUCAACCCACAGAUUCUACUUUGUUGUAUUCUUUCCCAUUACCUCUUUCAUCCCACUGGGAAGUGGAGAUUCAGUGGAGGGGGAGGAGUUGUUGUAGAGGUAGG